CGCUGUCCGCGUCGGUGGUGGACCCGGACGAGGUGACGCUGACGCUGACAGAGGACGGCUCCAGCGGCGCCACGACGCCGGGCUGCUCCAGGCGCGCCGGCAGCGUCGACGCGCUCGCCGCCGGGAUGCCGCAGGAGGCGACGCAGCAGCAGCCGCAGCAACAGCAGCAGACGCAGCAGCCAGCCGCCUCCUUCACUCUGGUCCGCCACCGCAAAGUGGAGCUGGCGCCCGUUCCGGCACCUCCGCCACCUGCGCCCCAGACAGGUGGGGAGCAGCAGCAGACGGUGGACACUCGCCGCCACUCCUCGCUGAGCGACUCCAUUCCCGACAGCAACGUGCUGAGGAAGGUGGCCAGCCUCACGCUAGACAAGGGCACGCUCGAGCAGAGGGUCAACCGGCCGCGCUUCGUGCCCGAGAAGCUCGACUUCCAGAUCUACCAGAAGUUCGAAGGCCAAAUGCUGGUAAACUGGUUCAUCUCAGCAUUUCCAGAGGACCACUACCUGAAGCUGUAUCUGACAAAUCAAGACUUAAGAAUUCUUGCAGUGCAGUUCUGCACUCACCUUCUGGCAGCUGGUGUAAUUCGUCAAAUACCUGAUAAAGAUGCUGCCUUGGACACACUCUUCAGGCCGGACCUGAUGUAUUACUGGGCACAUACAGAGGCACCUGCAGCGGCACCCCCAACCCCAGGGAAACUGACAAGUUUAGCCUGGCCUCCUCCCAGCCCUAUAGGAAUCCCACAGGAACCUGUCAGUUCUGUCGCAAAUCGACCAGGAGCACGCUACACAGAAGCUGAUGGUACUCCAGUUUCUGCUCCUCCAACACCUGCAGCAGGGAGUGUGGACAAGUCAAUACGCAGAUUAGAAGAAGAAGAAUUCCAGCAAGUGGUUAUGGGCCUGAAACGAGAACACCGUGAAACUCUAAACAGGCUAAUACGAAAUCAGGAAGUAGCUUUAUUCAACCUGCGGGGAGAGCAUGAACAGAAGGUCUACGAGUCAGAACAGAGGAUAGCUGAGCUAGAAGAACUUGUUGACUCUUUGAGGCAACAAAUGGAAGCAAAUAAGACCAUAGCUGAUAUAGAGUCGCUGACAGCAAAAACAAAGGCCGAUUUUGACUCUCCAACAAGAGAUGGCUCUUUCAGAUUUUCUUCUGAGAAGAAACAGAACAAAAUGAAAACUAAACCUGAGGACAUGGUUGUCAUGAGAGCUGUCCCUGCAGUUGUUGAAGAGGAACCAAAGAAACCUGAAAUCCACACAAAGAAAGUGAUUGUCUUGUGUGAAAAAGCAACAGACACUAAAGACUUAAUACCAGUGACGGAGCAGUGUGUUUCAACUACACUGCCUCUUGAAAACAAUAGUAUGACAAUGUCAAGUGAGAAAGUUCAGCAUGAAAAUAAUGAAACAUCAAGAGUAGGUGGCAUUCUGCAUCAGGCAUCAGACUUUUCUCCUGCAGUUACAGGAACUGAGACUUCUGCUGAAAGUUGUGUUCCGGAUAAAGUACCUCAAUCGAUGCAGAAUUCUGUACCUGUGACAGCUCAAGUUUCUUCUGAUCGACUUGUAUCUCCUUCUUCUGCCAGCCAUCCAUCUCCUCCAGCUCCACCACUGAUGCAGUCAUUUCCACCCACUGGAAUGGGAGGUCCAGCACCACCACCGCCACCGCCGCCGCCACCUCCGCCCCCUGUAAUGGGAGAUGUUCUGUCACCUCCACCUCCUGAAGUGGGAGGUCCUCCACUACCACCGCCACCACCCCUUGGAAUGGGAGUAUCACCACCAGUGCCCCCUCCACCCUCUGGAAUGGGAGGCCCACCGCCACCACCUCCUCCACCCCCUGGAAUGGGAGGCCCUCCACCUCCGCCCCCUCCACUCCCUGGAAUGGGAGGCCCUCCGCCACCGCCCCCUCCACUCCCUGGAAUGGGAGGCCCUCCACCACCGCCCCCUCCACCGCCUGGAAUGGGAGGGCCACCGCCACCCCCUCCACCCCCAGGCAUGGGAAUCCCUCCUCCUCCUCCGGCACCAGGUGGUGGUCCUCCACCUCCACCUCCAGUACCAGGUGGUCCAAUGCCACUGCCAGUGCCACCUGUGGGCGGAUGGACUGCCGGAAAAGCCAUGGCUCCUGGACCUGUUACAGUGUUGAGGAAAAAGCCUGUGAACCCUACAGUACCUAUGAAACCUCUUUACUGGACUCGAAUUGUUGUGCCAUCAGCAGAAAGUGUUAAGCAGCAGUCUGCUCUUUGGGAAGAUUUGGAAGAAGCCAAAAUUGAAGAUAUUAGUGAAUUUGCAAAUCUGUUCUCUCGACAAGUGAUUGAACGGAAACCAGCAAAGAAGAAAGAAGAAAAACCUACAAAGCAACAGGCAGUAAAAAUUCUUGACAGCAAACGUUCUCAGAAUGUUGGUAUUCUUUCAUCUAGCCUACAUGUUGACUUCUCAGAAAUAGAAAAUGCAAUAUACAAUUUUGAUACAACAGUUGUGAAUCUGGAAGCUCUACAACAGAUAUAUGAUUCUAGACCAACCGAAGAAGAGCUUUCAUUAAUUCGGAAUCAUGUUGCAACAAACCCAAAUAUUCCACUUGACAAGCCGGAACAGUUCCUUUAUGAACUUGCAGAAAUACCAAAUUUUGCUGAACGCAUUGCAUGUUUCAUGUUCCAGUCAGACUUUGAAGAUGGUAUAUCUUCUAUUGAAAGUAAACUGAACAACUUAAAAUCCAUUUGUCAGUUUUUGACAACAUCAGAAAGUCUGAAGACAGUACUCAGCAUUAUACUGGCUCUGGGAAAUUAUAUGAAUGGUGGAAAUCGUACACGUGGACAGGCAGAUGGAUUUGGAUUAGAAAUUCUGGCAAAGUUACGUGAUGUCAAGAGCAAAGACAAUAGUGUUACAUUGCUUCAUUUUAUUGUAAGAGCAUACAUGAAAAAAUGUGACGAUCCAUUAAAUCCUGAAAUGGCUUUACCUGUGCCUGAACCAGGAGAUAUUGAAAGGGCAGCAGUUGUUCAUUUUGAUGACCUUGCUGCUGACUUACAGAAACUGGAGAGAGAUUUGACAGCAUGCAGCAAUAAAACACAAAAAGUUAUUGAGGCCUCUUCAGAAAAUAAUUUACAGCCUUUCAAGGAUAAGAUGGAAUUUUUUAUAACAAGAGCGAAGAAGCAGCUGCUUGGUGAAACAGAAAAUUUAGAGGAAUGCAAGCAAAAGUUUUAUGGCACAAUGGAAUUUUAUCAGUACCAGCCGAAAGGUAAUAAAGAAGAUGUAACACCUAAAGAUUUCUUUGCUUUGUGGCUACCAUUUUGCUGUGAUUUCAAGGAUAUAUGGAAGAAAGAGCAGCAGAGGUUAAUAAAAGAAAAGCUACAAGAAGUGAAGCGGAAACGUGAGGAGAAACUGGAUGUAAAGAAAUCAAAAAUAACAGGUGGUGGAUUGAAAGCAAAAGUACAGAUGCGAGCAAAGAUGACACCUGUGAGUUAAAAGCAAGUCUACACAAUGUACCUGUUCAUCUGCAUAACUACUCAUGCCGGUCACCAUCAUCAUUGCCACUUUUAUUCGUGCUGCUGUUUCACCAAGCUACUUUCAAAAAUUAUGUAAAUGUUACAUAUGGUGCUAUUAAAUUAAAGCAGAUUCAUUAUUUAUUAACACACUGUAAAUAGCUUGUAUUAUAAAUGGAUGUAAAUUUAAUGUACUGUCAUUUGUGUUUUUCAGUAACAAUGUACAUAAAACAAAACUUAAUUUUAAGUAAAGAGCUUCUAAUGUGA